CAAGCCAAAGCAUUUUCCGGUGAAGUGCUCUGGUCGGGACGAGGUUGCCGUACGUGCACUCUUGUGAGUAUAUAAGUUGUCGCCGGAGGCGGCGGCCAUGUCUGUGUCGUCCGCGCUGUCGUCUUUCCUUUACGGGUGCUUCUACCCCAUCGGCGGCCGCCACAACCACCGCGCCGGCGCGUACUACCACAGCAGCCACCCGACGAGCGCCGACACUCUCUACUACAACAACCAGGGCGCGCUGGCCGGGCGCAGGAUGGGCCGGAGCAGGCCGCUGUCGUUGCAGACGGUUGAGCUGAAGGUUCGGAUGUGCUGCUCGGGGUGCGAGCGGGUGGUGAAGCACGCGCUGACGAAGCUGCGCGGCGUGGACAGCGUGCAUGUGGAGGUGGAGAUGGAGAAGGUGACGGUGACCGGGUACGUGGAGCGGCACCGGGUGCUCAAGGAGGUGCGGCGCGCCGGUAAGAAGGCCGAGUUCUGGCCCGACCAGCCGCUGCACUUCACCUGCAAGGAGGAGUACUUCCGCGACGAGGAGUCGUUCCGCCCCAGCUACAACUACUACCGCCAUGGCUACAACGGCGACAAGCACGGCAAGCUCCCGGAGCCCCAGCGCGGGUCCGACCCCGUCAGCAACAUGUUCAACGACGACGACGUCAACGCCUGCUCCGUCAUGUAGUGUAAAUUAUCUCGUUGUGUGGGUGUGAUCAUUGUGCUCGGCGCCGGCGUGCACGCUUGCCGGCCGCCGGGGCCGGGGACGAAGU